AUGGCUCCCCAGCCUCAGGAGAAGAAAACGGUUUUAGAUGUUGGGACAUGGGAGCAGAUAUUUCAAGAACUGAUGCAGCAGGAGAAACCCCGGGCCAGAUGGACCCUGAAGUUGGAUAAGAAUCUCGAUCCAAACUGCCUUGCAGAAGGGUGGAAGCAAUACGAGCUGAAAGGAUUCGGCAGGUUCCAGUGUUCCUCAUGCCAGCGGAGUUGGGCUUCUGCUCAAGUGCAUAUCCUAUGUCACAUGCACCUGGAGUCCCACAAAUCCCAGGGUCAGGUGAUUAUGCGCCUCUUUGCUCAGAGGUGCAAGAAGUGUUCCUGGUCUCGAUUUGAGAACCCUGAGUUCUCCCCAGAGAGUACCAUGAGGAUUCUGAAAAACGUGGUGCUGCGUAUUCUGAAGAAAUUCUAUGACUUUAAGAAGCUUUCAGAGCUACCGAUCAUUCGGGAGGUGCCUUUGGAUGGCUCCCAUGACUCGAACAAUUGUGAAGGUUGCUCUCUGGGCUUCUGCUUACUGAGAUUGCGAAACAACACGACGGAGCCAUCAGUAUCCCCAUUCUCUCCCACUGGUUCCUCAUCUCCCACUGAAUCGGGACCCCAGGCGGCAGGUCUGAGCUGGGCGGCCCCCGCCCGCCAGCCGCGGAGGGACCGCGAGGUGGCCGGGACGGUGCCGAAACCUGCGCGCGGGGCGCCUCCGCUGUCCCCGCUUCGUGCCCGUGCCGCGCAGCGGCGACCCGCACCCAAAGCGGCGCGAGACCGAAUCGGCCUCCCGCUGUGCUAG